UUCCUUCCGCCUUACCCGGUGUCGAUGCGCGCGCACAUUCAUGAGCCGGCUUUUCACCGACUUCUCUUUCCUCCGCGACUGUUUCGCGCUCUUAUGCUUCGUGCAGGUUUGAGAAUGUUCAAAUCUUAACCGAUUUUUAAAACGUGGGAGACCACAGACACGACCAUGUAAUCGGCCAUGUAAAAGACUGCACACACCAGACGGUUUAGUCAAGACCCAAGACAACACCCGUCACCCUUGGCGCCUAUAGCUAAUAUAAGAGGCCCAACUUUUGAAAAACCGCAGUGUUGAAAGAAGGCGAGCUUAGCAGCCCUAAAGCGGCUAAAGUACAUUAUAGAGGUUCAGUAGGAUGAUAAAAGACCGACCGGGAGAAGGUAAAUUGAGGAGGCGGGAUGUUUAUUUGACCUUUAUUUAUCCAGGUAAAAUCAAUUGAGAACCAAUUCUCAUUUACAAUGAUGAUGUCCAGGAAGAGGUGAAGCGCAUGCGCGUUUAACUUACAUGGCUAGUCCAGAAAGAGUUAUCGCCUCAACGUUGUAAAGAGCGGGAGGCGUGCCUUAUACAUUUACAUCCCUCCCUCUAUAUAAAGUGAGAACUGAACCUCCACUCCUUUAUAUCGUGAAGAAGCGUUCAUAGCAGAAGUCAUGCCCGAGCCAGCGAAGUCCGCGCCCAAGAAGGGCUCCAAGAAGGCGGUUUCCAAAACUGCCACAAAAGGCGGCAAGAAGCGUAGAAAGUCUAGGAAAGAGAGUUAUGCUAUCUAUGUUUACAAAGUGUUGAAGCAGGUCCACCCUGAUACCGGCAUUUCUUCCAAGGCGAUGGGAAUCAUGAAUUCUUUCGUCAACGACAUUUUUGAGCGCAUCGCCGGCGAAUCUUGUCGUCUGGCUCACUACAACAAACGUUCAACCAUCACCUCCAGGGAGAUCCAGACCGCCGUGCGCCUGUUGCUCCCGGGUGAGCUUGCCAAACACGCCGUCUCCGAGGGCACCAAGGCGGUGACCAAGUACACCAGCUCCAAGUAAAUGGAUGCAACUUGACAGUUCCAUAACACCCCAAAGGCUCUUUUAAGAGCCACUCACUCCUCUAUAAGAUGGAUGUUCCAUGGUGCCUGCCGUUGUCACUGUAUUGAUUUAGUUUUUGAGCAUUGGAUACAUAGGCCUACAAUGUGUAGUUGGACCCAAUACGAUUUGUUUACCAGCUAUGAACGUAUUCUUCACCAUCAUUACUCUUAAGGAUUGAGUGGGGGUUGGACCAUUUUACUAACAUGGGUCUUUUGUCUUUCAGUCAAAUUUCCAAAUCAUUUCAUACCAGUGAUUCAUUCAAGAUAUUUUUCUUUUGAAUCUUAGAACAAUUUGGCCAGAUCCAGAUGAUCCAAACUGACUUUGGUAGCUUUGUGGUGUGAUUACGAUCUUUAGUUUUUGCUUCACACCUGCUUUUGAAUUGGCAUUCAUGGAGGGAAGCACCCCUUUUACGUUUGCCAGUACAUAAACAUUCAGGGCAAGCCCAUGAGAGCUAAACCCUAAACGUCUUGAUUUUCGAAUCCGAAUCGGUUUAUUGCCAGGCAAGCUCACACGUACAAGCGAUUUGCUUUGAAUAUCCAGGAAGCAUGAGGGCAGCAGCGUGAGUUUGGGGAGAGUCAGAGGGACAGGGGGAAGGCCUCAUCACCCAGC